AUGCUGCUAUUUGAAGGUGAACCGAUCCUCUUCAUCCUCUUUGCCCUCUUCAUCCUCUCCUUCCUCAUUGGAGGAUGUAUGUGGGGUUCUGGCGAAGAGGCGAACGAUCGAACCAAACACAUUGUGGGGAUCAUUAUUUUCUUCUUUGGAGUCACCUGCUGCGUUCUUUUCUUCAUUCUCUUUAUCUACAAGAAGAUUCGUCAAAGGCGGCGAGAGAAGAAGGAUUUUGAGGAGUUAAUGAGAAUGCAAAAUGAAUUUGCCGCGAAUGAAGGAUUUCAAGACGAUGAGAUUUCACUACGACGUUGA